GUAAUGUAGUUGCUGUCUGUUGCGGUGCAUGCUGGGAGCUGGAGGAGGCUGGGUAAUGUAGUUGAGAGGACAGGAAAUGGCUGCUGCUCCCUGUCUGGGGAUACAUUGUCAGAGCUCUCUGUGAGUCCUGAUACAUUGUGACAGCUGGAGAUACCUCUGAGAACAAGUGAACAGACGUCUCUACAUCAGAAGAAACCUUUUGGGUAACCAUGGCUGAAAAUAUCGAGGACAAAGUCAAUAACCUUGAUGUGCGACCCAAGAACAGUCGCAGUCGAAGUGCAGACAGAAAGGACGGCUAUGUAUGGAGUGGGAAGAAGCUCUCCUGGUCAAAUAAGAGUGGACACUCAUUAGAUACAGACACUGAGAAUGUUAAUGACAAAAAGGAUGGGUCUGCUAGGAGCCAAGAACGGAAACACAGCUGUUCUUCUAUUGAACUAGAUCUGGAUCGCUCUUGUGGACAUAAGUUAUUAGGCCGGUCGUUAAAGCAGAAACUGCAGGAUGCUGUAGGUCAGUGUUUUCCCAUAAAGGCUUGUAGCAGCCGUUACUCAUCUUCUUUGUCUUCCAAGAGGAAAAUUCAUAUCAGUGAACUGAUGCUGGACAAGUGUCCCUUCCCUCCAAAAUCCGAUCUGGCUUACAGGUGGCAUUUAAUUAAAAGACACACAGCUCCAGUAAAUCAGUCACAAGAGGAGUGGGUGACUGGUGACCUUCCUCAGAUCGAUGGCAAGGAGAUGCAAAUCGGGGAGAGUGCCACAGAUGAAGGAGGGGACACAUUGUCAAUUGGGCAUGCUUCCACCUGUGAAGUCAAUGUAGAUGUUGUAGAAUCUGUAACAACAAGAGCCACGAGAAUCAUUAAAGAGGGUAGUGAUGUUGAGUCAGAUGAUGAGGUUGUUACUCUUUGCACGAGUUCUAGAAAGAGAAACAAACCAAAAUGGGAACCAGAUGAUGAGCCUUUUCAUGCCGAAACACCCCCUAAAUAUCACACUCAGAUCGAUUAUGUGCACUGCCUUGUUCCAGACCUCCUUCAGAUCAAUAAUAAUCCAUGUUACUGGGGGGUAAUGGAUCGGUAUGCUGCUGAGGCCCUCUUAGAAGGAAAGCCAGAGGGCACAUUUUUACUGCGGGACUCUGCUCAAGAAGAUUACUUGUUUUCCGUUAGUUUCAGACGUUACAGUCGCUCCCUACAUGCUCGGAUUGAACAGUGGAACCAUAACUUUAGCUUUGAUGCCCACGAUCCAUGUGUUUUUCACGCUCCCAAUGUUACAGGCUUGCUGGAACAUUACAAAGACCCCAGUUCGUGCAUGUUUUUUGAACCCCUUUUAUCGAGCCCUUUAAACAGAACUUUCACCUUUUCACUGCAGCAUAUAUGCAGGACUGUUAUUUGUAACUGUACUAGUUAUGAUGGCAUAGACGCACUGCCCGUGCCAUCAUCCAUGAAACUGUAUUUGAAAGAAUAUCAUUAUAAAUCAAAAGUGCGAGUCCGUAGGGUGGAUGUACCGGAACAUCAGAAGUGAGAUAAUGAUUUUCACUAUUGGGCACAAGAUCAUUAAAUGCCUUCUUUCUACCCCUGUAAGUUCCUGAGUAGAGCAAUGAACAAUAGCGAGGGGCCAGAGGUACUCCCCUUACCUUCCCUGGCACAACUACGUGCCACAGAUUGGUCAAAAAGCAUUUUUUGUAACACCAACCAUAAAUGUGUUAAUGUUUCCUUGUCGUAACAGACCUCCGAGCAGGUAUAGCUGGUCGUUAGACAGUACAAACUGUAUUAAAGAGAGGAGACUUUG